AUGUAUGAGUGGUGGAAACAGAUCUUCAAAGAGGAUACUGAUUCUGAUGUGAAACAGAUUUCCUCAGCUGCUUUGAAAACAUGGCAUGCUCACAAUAAGUGCCUGCCUGGUCGUAUCAUUGUGUACCGUGAUGGAGUUGGUGAUGGACAGCUGAACACUGUCGUAAAUUAUGAGGUUCCACAGCUGCUAGAUUGUUUGAAAUACCUGACUGACUACAAUCCAAAGCUGUCAGUAAUUGUUGUAAAGAAGCGUGUUAAUGCAAGGUUUUUUUCACAAGCUGGUGGAAGAUUACAGAACCCACCUCCUGGCACUGUCAUUGACACAGAUGUCACACGACCAGAAUGGUAUGACUUCUAUAUAGUCAGUCAGUCAGUGAAGGUUGGUACAGUUACACCGACACACUACAAUGUAGUGUAUGACAGCAGCAACUUGAAACCAGAUUACAUGCAGCGACUAACCUACAAGCUGUGCCACAUGUAUUACAAUUGGCCGGGUGUUAUUCGUGUGCCUGCCCCCUGCCAGUAUGCACACAAGCUUGCAUUCUUAGUGGGACAAAGUAUUCAUCGGGAACCCAGUCUGGCAUUGGCAGACCGACUUUACUACCUGUGAAUAUAAAAACCAUCAUGUUUCCUGUCAUGAUUACUACUUUAAAAAAAACUAUAAAAUGAAGCAUUUUCCAAACA